GUCGGGCGUCUAGUGGUUUUCUUCAUGCAGUGUUUUAUAGUUUGUCUUAUGUAUCGCAACAGGAGAAACUCGACGAUAAUCGUCCAGGAUACGACGAUGCAUAAGUUAUUUAUAUUCAACGUGUGAUGGUUGUGAUUCGAUUACAGUGAUGAUGUGGUUCGAUGUUUGUUUAUAUUCAGAGUGAUAUUCGAACUGUGUGUUGUGCAUCAGGCAGUGUUGACCAAACUCGAAUCCUCUCGCUUGGCUAUCUCUUCGUCAGAACGACGUCGCUUCGCUUCUAUCUAUUUGUGGUUGCCGGAGGGACGCGCACCCAUAACAAUUUGAAUGGAACGAACCGAGUAGAGAGUAGGAUCGUACCCACUCGAUCCCGGGGUUGAGAGCGGAAGAUGCAACGCUGUAAGAAGGCCGAGUGAGGAGGCCACGCCGCAUCGCCAUCAUCCGGGAACGCUGCGAAGCUCCGUCAACUCCCGGAAGUACCAUCAAGGUCAUCAGCAUCGAAAUGAACCUUUUCUACACGUCUUACCAUCACGGCCGUCGACUCACUUGCCGUCAACGUCGCGCGUCUGUGCUCUUCACUCCAGGCUGGACCAGCCGGUGACGAGUUCAACGGCCGACAUGGACAACAAAAAGGUUGUCCAAGGCGCCGCUUCGCCAGCGCUGGUCCAGAUGCGCCGUAAGAGCGGCGGCGGUGGCGAUGGACCAGGAAUCGCGGGCUCCGGGAUUCGCCGACGGAGUGGGCCUCAAGGGUUGCGGUCACCCGCUGCAAAGAGACCCCUUUCGGCCCCGGUAGCCCUUCAGGGCUGGCUGCACAAACAGGGAUCCGAGGGUCUCAUGCUCUGGAAGAAGCGCUGGUUUGUUCUCUCCGAGUACUGCCUCUUUUACUACAAGGGUCCCGAGGAAGAGAAAUUACUUGGCUCGAUACUUCUGCCGUCUUACCGGGUGACGGCGUGCAGGCCGGAGGACAAAGCGAACAAGAAGUUCGCCUUCAAGGCGGAGCACGCGAAUAUGAGGACAUACCUCUUUGCCGCAGAGUCGAGGGAGAGCAUGAACCAAUGGGUGAACGCGCUCACGCUGGCAACCUUGCUCCAGGACCCGAACCCGGGUGGAGGGGACAUGGCGAUAGCGCUAGAACUGGCGGGUCCAGCAGACGGCGAGCGAAGCGCACGUCCGAGCGUCUCCUCGAUAUCUUCUAUCCUGAACCAGAGUGCCGACGACAGUGACAGCGGUUUCCACGGUUUCCAAUCGCGGGACGACCCGAGCCACGCCUCGAACAACGACUCGAGUCCAAACAGCGCGAACACAGCGUCCUUCGCGACCCUGAACCACGUCCACGAGGUCCAAGGGCAACCCGUGCAGCCUGUGAUAAACGGUUGGAUGCAGCAAUCCCCGCAGUACCCGCAGCCCGGGACUUCUCAACAACAACAGCAACAACAACAACAGCCAGGGGCCUAUGCCCCGCUUCCUGGGCCCUCGCACCAGCACAAACAGCACCACCAGCAACACCAGGGCCCACAGCCAGGGCCCAGCAACGUGCAGACGGUGCAGCCGAUGCCGCGGAACUUUGGCCAGCCGCUUUACGCCAACGCACCUCCAAAGCCACGUCGGCUGACGGAGGGAUCGAACGAGUACUCGACACCCUCGCCGGACCUCGACACCCUGCAUCCGGACUGCCGUAAGUCCCCGGUGUCUCCCGACGUUCGUCCCGCCACUAAGAGUCCCGGAUCCGAGUACGAGAGGGGCAGCGUCGUCUACGUUACGCGGAUGUCCCAGCCACCCCAGGCGCUCAGGACUGACAAAUCGGGCCUUAACUACGGAUAUGCCUCCGCUCAAUCCCAGUCCACCGAGAGGCGUACGCCUGACACCUACGGGAGGAGCGCCAAGCCAAGGUCUUCCAGGGGGAACGGCGACUACGAGGACGUCUACGGGGCCCCACAGCUUUAUCAGAGACCGGCGGGCCCUGUUGGAUAUACCAAGGGACCCGCUCCGGCACCCAUACCGAUUCCCGUUUACGCCCAACAAAAUCAUCCACCCCAGCAUACGCAGAUGUAUGCCGUUCUUCCCACGCAAGCCGCUCCGGUAAUGAGACAGCCCAGGGCGCAACCCCCGCCUCGGCCGCACAGCGCUGACUUCUUGGAGUACGAAGCGACGCGGAGGCCUCAGCAGCAGCCUCAUGUUCAACCAGGUGUAGUUAAUACGAGCCAACAACGUCGGCCUCAACGGCCAAAAUCGAGUCUCGAUGUUGUCAACCCCUCGGAUGCCUCGACUAAUGACGGAUACUUUUACUCCGAGGAAAGAAAUGCGAAUGAAUAUUCAAGGUACGCCGCACAGAUGCGACAGUCCGCCGUUUACUUGCAUCAGACGCCUCAGCACCACCAGCAGCAACGCAAUCAGUCCUUAUCGCGCGCCGCUACGCCAUCCAAACCCGCUUCCUCGAGAGAACGAGACGCCGAAUCCAGCGUUGGCAGCGUAAGCGAAACUUCCAGUUUGGCCCUGAGAAGAUCUCAGAGAGAUCAGAAUUCCUCCCUGCAACCGCAACAGCAGCAUCACCACCAUCAUCUCGUCUCGUCUUAUUCCCUUCAACGUCACUCUGAAAUAGCGAGCGAGUCACUGGUGAGACGAUCGUUGCGAGAGCGAAGUUACGAGCAGGCAGUUCCCUCUGGCAGGGAACUUUUGCUUGGCGGUGUUCCGGGUGAAGGGGCCACUGUGCCUCGACGAAUACAACGCGAUUCUCGUACCGAGUACGACACGUCAACCGGUGGGAGGGCCAGGAGGUGGAACGAGCAGCAGUUUGCCAGGUCAGCAUCGGCUCGUCUGCCCCGCACACGACAUCAGGUAGACCGAGACCGAGACGAAGACGAUUACGCGGAGCGAUCAUCGGGACAGGAUUCACGCGAUGGAGAGCGGAAGAUCCAACAGAGAGAAGAGUCGAUGAAGCGUCUACUCGAAUGGAAACAGCGAAUGCUGCAGAGUCCGUUGACGAGGAAACCAGCCAGCUCUGGAAGUCGCGCAGUCCAGGGAAUUGCUCAAAAUGAACUUUCGAGCUACUACAAACAGCAGGCUUUCCUAGAACUCGCUGCCCACGAAGCAAGUCUCGCCGAGGCUCGUCACGCCAGGAGACGGGACGACGGACAUCGGACUCAUCCUCGGAGCAAAAGCACCGACGGCAGACGAUCCGUCACCAACAACGUUUCCCGCUACAACAGUUAUUCCAGCGACGACGAAGAGUUGGGCAACGUGAGGCACAAGCGAACCCGUAGACCCUCCCUCGCUGGCAGGAGCCCCCGGCAGGUUCUGGACGAGCGGACCUUGUCGUCUGCUGCCUCCUCUGCCGCAACCUCGGUCACCGACACAACCACCAGCGUCCUCACUACCACCACCAGCACCGCCAUGAUCACGACAGCCGCAACAAGCCCCGCCUUGAAUUAUCCGACGAGAGUGAGCGCGAACGGCGAAAUCGUUUCCUCGCCAAUUCAUCCGUCGGCGUUCCCUCACCGGUAUGAGAACACCCGACAUAAAAACGCCUCCCGGGGGAACCGUCAGCCUUGCGGUAUACCGCCUGACGCCGGAUACGGGGAAAUCGGCUUCUCACCGUCGUCCUACGAGGCUAUAAACAACCCGAGAUCGACGGUGAGGAGAUCGACCCGGAAGGAAUCCACGCCGGAAGUUGCUACCGGGCUGGAUCCGAAGUGGCAGCAUAAUGAAACGCCGAAGAAACCUACAGGGAUUUUGAAACAGACGAGCACCCUCUGCCACCCUCCGUCCAAUGACCAAUCCAGCAACUCCGAGGGGAGGCUCAGCACUCUCGCUGGUUACAUACCAAACGACACGUGGCACGGGCAUAAGAACGUCCAGUGGAACUCUACAAGAAGCGACAAAGAUGACUGGGAGAUGAAAAUUGACGAGACCAAAGUAAUCAAGGAGUUCUCUUAUCAGUACAUCAAACCCGAGGAAAAUCCCCAGGAGUUGGUGCCACCCGAUACACAGGCUGUAAACCUCGUUCAGACCAGGAUCAAGUCCUUCGAGUCAAGCCUGGAGGAAACGCCAGGGUCGCUGCUCGCCAUGCAGGAACCUCUCAAGGUUUCUCCGCCUCAGGCAACGGAGGCUCACGUUUCCCGACUCGAUCCGACGCGGAACACGACCGUCAUCCGGGACUUUGCACUGGGUGAUUCGAGCCGGGAGACCAGAGAUCCCGUCGGCGUCGAGGAGGAGAUAUCUACGGACGAUGGAAACAAGUCGGUGAAGGACCUCCUCGCCGAUUUCGAGCGGAAAUCGCAACAGGCCCAGAGACAGGAGAGCGACAAGAACGAGGAGUAUAAACAGCAGCAGAAUCGCGGGGUGUUCAGCGACACCGAAACUCUGCUUUACGAAACGGGCAGCGACCUGGAUCAGCCGAGUAAAAACGUCGCGGAGGGGGACAAAGAUCGGGAAAUCGAAAGGUCUGUUAAGGCUGAAGAGAAUUUUACGGGGACGAUAAGGAGGAGGAAGGACCUCGGCGACAAGAGGAGGAAAAUCAAGGAUUUGAAGACUGGCUCGGGGAACGAGGUGGAUGUUGCAAACGCCGAGGAAAUUUCCAACCCUGGGUACACGAGGCUGAGCGUUACCGAAUCCUUGAUCACUCACGACGAUCAGUUGUCGGGGGAAAGCGGGCCGACCAGUCCAGCCUCGAAACCGGAUGAUUUUAACCCGGAGGAACACUACAUGCCGAUGUCGCCGAGGAAGGCGAUCCUGGACCCGUCGAACGAGCGUCCGAACUCAAAAAUGAUGGAGAGCCUCUUCGCGAGUCUGGACCACGAGGAAAAUUCUUACGUUGAAAUGAGCCAGAACGGCAUCGGGCACUCGCUUCUCGCGCCCGAUGAUCAAGACCGGAAACACGACUCCAGUGAUUACUCGACUCUCGAUCCGCCACACUACGAGUUCGUAUGUGUCGCUGACAACAAAAUGGAGCCGGUCUACAUGGAGGUCAGCCAGCUUGCUGACAAGGAGGACAACGAAUCGUCGGGGAAAAAAUCAAAGACGAAGAGAGACUCGGGAAGCGACGUCCUUCCCCCGAGGCCCGACCUUCCGGACAUCCUGACUGCCCUGAAAUCCGACAGUUCCGACGCCGACGACGAGUCAUCGAAGGACCUUGACUCCCUCGACGCUCCUCGACAUCCUCGGUUCAGUCUCUCCGAUACCUUUCGCCCGGCCUCGUAUUACUUGGGAGCAAGCCAGGCGCUCAUUGCCGAGCUCCACGACUCGUCGGACAGUGAACUUGUGUCACCCCCGCCGAUCCCGACAUCUUUGCCACCCCUGGACGACCUCGAUUCACUCGAGAUUCAGGACUCCUUGGGUGAGCCGAAGAAGGUUUCGCCUCAGGUGGCGGCGAGUCGGGACAGCCUGAACAGCAGGGACUCGCCAAAGUCCUGGAACAAGCCUGCGGGUCAAGUCGAGACGCACAGACCGCCCUCCAGGUUCUCCGACACUACGAUAAGCUCGACCUUUCGCGACAGUCGAAUGUCGCUCGAGAGUGCCUCGGGCAGUGAUUCCGUCGAGCUUCGGAGCCCCGAGGAGGAAGCCAGGCACCGUCAGAUGAAACGACGUCCCGUAAGCGACGAGGUAUGCGAGGUCCUCGACAGUCUGGACGAGCUCGAGUCUCUCGGGAGCCGUUUCGACGGGGCAAGUAUCGACCUGGAUCAGUACCUCGAGGAACUCCAGGCCCGAGACGCGUUCAACGUCGACCUCUACGCGAAGGAUCUCAGCUACAACAGCAUAUAUGGAUUCAACGAGUCGAUGCUCGCCACGGAUAAACACCUGCGGAAAACAACGAGUCAGGAAAUAUCCGGCAAGGUUAAUCUACCGUCGUACAACACCCUGGAUCAGCCUUACCGGUACGGCGGCAGAACGAAGACGAGCUCGGCCAGCAGUCUGCCGUCGAUGAGGGUCAGCGAUCUGCCCCCGAUGCACCAGCACUCGCAGUCCUUCACCGGCGAUGUUCACUACGAGAAUGUGGUCAGCUUUUCACCGCUCCGUGGUUCACCCAGCGUUCGAUCGGACCACGGCGAUGGUUGUAAACCGGGGGAGAAUUACCGCGGUCAAAAGUUGCCGUCCCACCAGCGAACCAGUCCUCUGAUUUCUCACAGCAGAGACUCGAGCUACUCUCUCGUAUCCGGUAACGCUUCGAUAUCCACUUCCGUCGCCUGCCAACGACCCAGCAGCGCCCAGUCAUCCUCCGUCAUCUCGCAGAUGGGCUCCGUUUCCCCAUCCGUAACUGGUAACGGUAUUCCAAACGCGUCAUACGCCGAGCAGAAUCGCCGAUCGCAGGGACGACAUUCUCGCGAAACGAGCCAGGACUCGGCCCGAUUCUCUCUGUCGCCGAAUCACAGAUCAUCCGCGAGUCAGGACUCGGGUCAGUACCCGGCCUCCACCUCCACCUCCACCGUCAAGCUCAGUCCCCAGUCCACGUAUUACAACGCGAGCCAAGUGCAGAACGACCAGAGCGGGGCUCCGUACUACUACAGCGAUCUGCAGGCCGGUGUGAGCGGAAUCGACGCACUGAUUAACCGCAACUCGGCCUCCUCGAGGCUUCCGCAGCUGAACAAUCAACGCGGGGACGCGGCCCUAGCGGCCAAUAAGAGGAACGAUAUCGGUCGCAUGGUGAAUCCAAUUCCGAGACAAAUGCCGCGGCAGAUACAGGUCGAGGACAUCGACGAGGCCAGGCGGAUUGCCGCGGAGCUUAGGAAGUCCAGCACCCAGUUUCUCGCCGAGAAGAAAGCCGGGCUUCUUCAGGUCGACAAGCGGAACAUAUACGAGGCCGAUACCCUCAGGAGGGUCAAGUCGACCGAUCCUCUACCCGACGUCUCCAUGAUCCCGGACCUCAACUCGCGGAACAUCUACCCGCACGGAAUCCGCGACAAGACUCAAGACGAGCCCAACGCAACACCAAGCGGAUCGUGUUUUCAGGCGGAAAUCGGCGCCCGGUAUGCCGCUCAUCGGAGGUCCAGGUCGCUCGAAGGUCUUCUGGACGAUGCCGAGCUCCAGAAUCUGGUCGAGCAGAGGUACGGCAAUGGGCAAACUACCGGCACGAGGCAGCAACGGGAAACCACGGUCUACCCAUCGCCUGUGAACAAUCAGGGCAGAUUCGACGGCGAGGAUCCUUGGGAGCAGGACUCGCUGUGGAGGGAGAGUCUGCGCAGGGUCAGCCUGAGGCACGCGAGAUCCCUCGACAAUUUGGAAGCCUCCGUCGGUCCAUCCGCCGUCCAAGAUGGGCGGAUAGCCGUUGGGGCGCAGGGGUCCAGGGGUCGGGCGCGGAUCACGAGGGGUGCGACCUACGUGAACGACAGCGUCAUUCUGCGGAGGGAGGCCUCGGAGGAGGCCGGGGAGGGCCACAGGAUGCGAAGGAGACAAGCCGCCGCGAAAGACCGGGAUCAAAGCGAAGUGCAGGGGAUGCAACGCGCGGAGGAAAUCGACGAGGAUCGCAGAGAGGAAGAGGAAGGCGACGAGGGGAAUCCGGGGGCCGAGGAAGGAGCCUACGAGAGACUGGCCAUGGACAGAAUCGGUGUGGGCGGUUACAUAUGGGACUCGGAGAACGAGGCCUACCGCCGGAAACCGGGAACUUCGGCGGCAACCCUCCAGCAACGCGACACCGAGCACGAUAAUCGGCAGAAUUUUUUAGCCGAAGGCAACCUUCCCCCAGCUCCGACAAUGGCGGAGGCGUCACGCGGGUCUACGGCAACGUCCGGUUCGUUCGAAAUCGACCGGGAGAAGCUGCGUCAGUGGGACCUGCUCUCGAGCGCCUGCUUACUCCAGGAACAGCAACGGACGUCAAUGGCGGAGUCGGGGCGAGGGUUGCCGACGACAGCAGCGAGCAGGCAAGGAGACGGAUCGGCGCCGGCGCGACACCAGGAGUCGACAACAGACUCGACGAUCCAAACCGCGAACGAAACUUCGGGUGUUUUAACGUUCGAUACGCGCCGUGUCCCGCCGGGUCAUCCGGGUCAUCCGGGUCAUCCGGACGCCAACGAGGCCCAGGGCCAGGAGGACGGGACGGCGGUUACUCGCGGAGCGGCGACGACGGACGGCUCCAGCAGUGCAAACGGUACAGCCUCCGGGUCGGGAUCGGUGAUCGGACGAGACCCGCUGCCACCCAGAGCCAUCAGCACGUCUCAGCUACCCCAGAGAACGCUGACGCAGCCUCCUCUUCCACGGGGAAACGCGCACCACCCGGCGCAUCCGGUUCAACAAACGACACUUCCGGUCACCCGCCCGUUAGAACGUACCGCCGCCGCUAGCCUCGCCGACAUCAGGAUCACCUCUGCUGGGGAGGCGAGAAUCACGUCGCCAGGAAACGGUCAGUUGAAGCAGCAGCAGCAGGACCAGUCCGCUCAGCGCAGGAUGGCCGGACCCUUGAGGGUUAUUUCCCCUAAUGGACACAGGGUUUCCAGUCCGAACGAGAGCGAGUCCCAUUCGCGCAGUCCAAGCGAGCGAACAAUCGGCAGUCCUGUCGGUCGAGAUAUCGAGAGAAUCGAACGGGGGGGUGGAAGCAGUGUCGAUGUAAAUGGUCACGCCAUCAGGCAAAACCAUUCCAGUGCCAACAAUCGGGACAACAAUGAGCUUCUGAACAAAAGGCUUGGCGAAAAUCCUCACCGAAGUGGAAACGGAUCAGGAGGUGACCUGGUCCAGGUUUCAGCCGGAGAAUUGCUGGGUCGAACCCACGAGGAAUUGGUUUUGCUACUGAUCCAGCUACGCCGGCAAAGUGCCACGCUCUGCAAAGCCAUGGAGACUUGUCACGUCGAAAUUGAAUCUCAGGCCAGGCUAGCUGAACUUGAUACACCCAGACGUCUUGAGAAUUUGCAAAAGCUUGAAGAACUCAAGAAGCAUCUAAUGGAUUUGGAAAAACAGUACGAGAAAGGCAAGCCAAUGGUUAACCUUGUUGACAACAUGGUGAAGCUUGGCUCGUUAUACAACCGCGGUACGACGACUAACGGUACCGGUGGAGUAUCGAGUUCCCGUCAUGACCUCGUCCAGGAGAAGACGAGGGAAGUCCGAGAUCGUCUGGAGUUUAAUCAGCGUGUCCAAGAGCAGCGACUCCUGGCCGAGGAGCGUCGGGACUGGGAUAGGCUGAGUCCCGAUCACGGACAGCUUCAGGCGAAGGUUCAGCAGCUUUACAAACUGGAUCGGUUACUCCAGGAAGAAUCCGGGACGCUGCACAGUCUCCAACAGGACAAGGAAAUAUUGGAAAAGGCUCUGGGCGGAUUGAGGAACAAACUUCAGGGGAGCAGGAGCAAUCCGGCCGAAGUGGAGCGUUACCGGAAACAGCAGCUACUCCUCGAACGGGAAUUGAGCAGAGUCAGAUUGCUGCUCGCCCACAACUCGAAGAAACUCGAGGAGACCGUGGCUGAAAACGCUCGUCUAGAACAAGAACUGGUCGUCCUGAGACAGAAGCUUCAGGCGUCACGAAGGUACGCCGGAAACGUGACCAGGGAUCCAUCGGGAACGACUGCCGCCCUCGAGGCUGAGCUUAGGCGAGUUCAACAGCUCGUCGGCGACCUGCAGCGACAACGUCAGGAACUCAGCAUCCAGGUCCGUCAGUUGACGGAAAAGUCACACAGCCUUGUGCAGCAGAUACGACCGCAGCAUGUGACUGCACCGCAGGUUCACCAUCACAGAUCGAAAAAACGCAGCCACAGUUCUUGGCUCGAGACCGAUCUUGACUCGGGAAUGACUCUGGACCAUGGAUUGGACUCGCCGACGAGCCCCGUUCCUUCCGGCUCUCCUAGCAUCCGGCAAAACGGAAGUCCCCAUCAGCAUCAGCACAGCGCUUCCUCUCCUCAGUACAAGGACCCCCCGCCUGUACCUUACAAAGAGCACAAUAUCGGCGUGGGUUCGACGCAGCACAAUGCUCAGGCGUACUACAACCAUUCGUCUCAUAACCAGCAGCCCCAGCAUCACCAUCGCGUUUCUGGCCACUCACCCCAAAGCCAAAUAUCCGCAUUGUCGCCCCAGCUUCGCGAACAGAUCCAUCAGCAUCAGCUGAAGCAGCAACAACUCCGGGACCAGAUGCAGGGCAAGGGAAGUCCUGUGCAGAACAAUGUCGCGGGGCCGCUUUACGUCAAUACUGAUUCCAGGAGACAAGACUCAACGAAAUACCUUGAGUCAAACUCCGACAAUCCUCCGGCUCCACCUCCGGAAUACGUGCCACCACCACCGCCUCCGCCAUCGGAAGAAGCGCUUCUUAACGGAAAUUACGGGCAAAACGAUGAGAGCAAAUUCAGUGGCCUGAUGCACGGACGUGAAAAACAGGAGAUCAAAACCGUGCGAAUAGUGAAACGGGAAUCCGAACGACGACAAAGAGAUCGAGGCGACCGGACGGGAAACAUCGGGAUUCCUUUGACUAACGGGUUACAGGUACCAGGAGGCGCGAAGAGGCUGAACGAGGAUGACUUUGGAGGCUCACAACAGUUCGAGAAAUCUCAGCUGGACAGGGUGAUGGAGGAGUCAGCGGCAAUGAUUCACGCCCAAAGCAGCGUUCAGCUUUCGGAAAUGGACGACGUGCAAUUCCAGCGCAGCAUGUCCCUCCCACGGGGAUUUGGCGGGCAGCGACCGCAGCCAGGAAUUCAUCAGGGUCCGGUGCCAGCGCCACCGCGAAGUGACAGUAUGAACGCCCUCAGGAACAUGAUGGUCCGACGCCACAGAGUACGGUUUGAGAACCAAGGCGGAAGCUCGGACAGCACUUUGUCGCCUCACACAGAGAGUCCGAAUUCUGGAUCCCAAAUGGCGAACAUGAGUUCACCGAAUUACUCGAUCAGCCCUCCGUACAGUCCGAGUCAUCAGAACUAUUCGCCUGUUCAAUAUUCUCGAGGCGGAAGUGGCGCGGGUGGGAUUUCCGGUCAAGGGUUGCCGGUGCCCUCCCAAUAUUAUCCUCAGCACGCCGCUCCUCCGGGGUCGAGCUUCGCGAUGUCCUCGAAUCCCGGCAGUCCGGUCGCCACUUCACCUCCUACCGCCCAUGAGAGGCUUUUUGGAUCGGCAGCAAGCAUCAACAGUCUUCGUGAUUCGCCCCAGCUCUCUCCAGUAUUCAAAAGCGAAGCCGCGAGGCAGAUCAUCAAGGAAAUGGCCGAGAAGAGGUCCGAGGGACCAAGGAGAAGGCCCGUGCCCAAAGAAAAGAGGCGACACUACACGGUGUCCAGCAGCAAACCGAUUCUCGAUCUCGAGGACACCUUUUCCAAGAUGGGAAUGGGACGCGCGAGAGACGAUCUUGACAUGGAACGAGCUUUGAGGCCGCGUAUCAAUGCUCCCGACGUGGUAAGGUCGACCCUGAGCCACAAAGAGCUGAAAUACAAUGAAAGCACGAUUGACAACCUGCUUGGUACUCCGAACAAAAUUCUGAUCCCUGAACGCUACAUUCCGGAACAGGCUCCGGAGCUGAGUGCAGAGGAGCAGGAACACCGUCUUAAGAAAGCUGAAUCAAUUAGAAAAAUGCUUUCUGAGACGACAGUGACAGCGCCUGAAAAUCCUGAGGACGAGAUUGAUCAGCAAAAGUCAAAUACCUUGAAGAAAAAAGUUGCCGAAGAAAAACGACAAAGGGAACAUAUAUUACAGCUUAAUCAAAUUCUGGCUAAACAAGUUAUGGAGAAGAGUAAGAUGGUUGCUGUAAAAGCACUGGCAACGCUUCCGUUGGCACCACCAGAGCCGAGCUUCGAAGAAGAUGACCUCUCGCCAGUGACUCCGUUGCCCCUUUAUCAGCAAAGGGAGAAUUUUUACUCGUAAGCACAAAAUGAGGCAUAGAUAAUGCACGUUAUAAAGUUAAAAUAUAUUUUAAGAUGGUGCGGUCGAGAAGGUACAAGAUAAACCCGUAUAAAUCCGAAGUAUGAAAUUACUGCCAAUUAUAUAUAUAUUACACCGGAAGAAUAACUUGACUAAGAACAUCGGAUAAACUAAAGUUCGCCGAAUAACGCGAUAUAUAAUACAUGACGUGCGUAUUACAUGUCAAUAAUUAACUAAAUUACGGCUAUGUGUAUAAUUGAAAGAAAAAAGACUUGCAACAAGAAAGGAAACGACGUGUAUCAUAAAAUCAUGUAAUAAAAAUCUAUAUAUGUACAGUAGGUAUACAUAACUACUUAUCUAGGUAAUAUGUUAAGAAUCGAGGAGAGAAUUUACAUUUGCAGUGAUACUUGCGAAUGAAAAAUAUAUAAUAAGUGUAUAGAAAAAAUUGUUUAAUUAAAAUUAUCAAAGGACUGAAAUUUUAUCAUCGCGCUAAUAGUAAUUGAAUGUAGGCAUACGAUAUGAGUAUAUUCGUAUGAAAAUAAUGUAUAAUUAUCAAUGGUAAUAGUAUACGGAAUUACAAUACGAUUGCAUACAAAAUCGGCCAGUAUUGAAUUAAUGCACAAAUUUUGGCACAUCGUAACGAAUUCCGUUUUCGUUUUUUAAUUGCUUUUACUAUUGACAUUUUCCUUCUAAACUUCUGGAUCUAAUUACGAUUUUCAGUUCAGAUAAGAUAAAUAUUUUAGAAAUGAAGGUGGGAAAUCACCUUCGCCAGUUCUUUUUGAGUUGUCUAUAAAUCUUGAAAUUCGAUUUUCCAGUAAUUAGAUAAUGAUUAAAUGUACUCGCGAUCACAGCGCGACUUUAAACUUUCUUUAUACACAUUUGUAUAUAAUAUAGUAUUCACAAAACUAUUCAUAGAAUCGUGUACGUUAAUUAUUAUACUAUAAUGUUAUUAUUAAACUAACUAUCGAGAUGAUGAAAUACUUCAGAAGCGUAACAAUUCACGUAAAUGGAACGGAGUCUUCUCGUUUUAGGAAUAAAAGUACUAGGAAUGUACGACAAAGCAUUUUUUUAAAUAAUACUACCAUUACUAUGAACAACGCAAUAAUGGCUAUAAUAUUUACAUGCAUGGAAUAAUCAAAAAACCAAACACGGAAAUUCUUGAAUCAAUGAAAAAUCUAUAGUUAUGAAAGAAAAUGAGGCAAUAAAUAAUAUCGGAAUUAAAUUACUAACAAUAGUGCCAAGUUUAAUAACCGGUGAAUAUGUUUGUGUAGAGCACAAGUAUUAUUUGAACUUGAAACUCCAAUCGGAACGAAACUGACCAAUUGUAAUGAUUUUCUUAGUAACGAAAAGCAGCUGGAUUAUCUACUAAAACCGUGACAGGUAUAAUAAUAAAUAUCAUGUAACGCGUGACGUGUAAAAAAGAAACAUUUCAUCUUUAUUUCCGUAAAGGUAUUAUUUUAGUUAUUGUAAGCAAUAAAUGAAGAAAAAAUAGUCCUCGUUACGCUUGACGCUUGUGUGUACAAUUAUAUUAACACCGCAUAUAAAUAUAAUAAUCCAUACUUAUAUAUUUACAGUCUUGUAGUAAAUGUUUAAAUAACUAAAUAAUCAAUUAGAACGAAUUCUGAAAUUAUUAUGUACUCGUUUGCUUUCCUAUUCGUCUAUUGGCCGCAUUCAACGUCAAUGACUUCGGUACAGCUUUAAAUCUCAUAGCAGCGUACGUCGUUUAAUGAAUACAAAUAUAAUAUAAUUAUUAUAUUAUAACUAUAUUAUAUUAGCUGCGUAUUUUCAAUCUCGUAUUAUUUUCGAGAUUUUUUAAUGUAGCCUGUAAGCAUAUUGAAACCAGUUGAUACGCCUAAAGUGUCGGUGCAUGCAGUGUAUAUAAUAAACAUACUAUCGAUAAAUCGCGCUGUGAUCAUAACGGUUUUAUUUACAUCACAUUUACAGUUUUUUUUACAAUCUUCUUUCUUUAUUAGUUAGUUUUUAAACUGAGAAAUCUCUUGAAAAUUAAGAAUCAAAAUACAACGUAUUUGAUAACUAAUCAUUCUGAUAUCGUCAAUUGUCACAAUAAUAGUAACUUAUUGCAAUUCUUUAAUCUUAUAAUGUUAUAUAUCAUUCCGUUACACUAUCGAGGAAGUUAAUUGUUCUAUACCAUUACCUUCGCUAAAGAAAUACCAGAGGAAAAAAACAUUCGGUUUAAUUUAAUGAUAUUAAAUUUUUCAUUCACGCGAUUUGCUUAAAUUACCAUUGUAAAAUUAUUGCAAUGAUCGCGAUUUGCAUCAGCUGCUUAAAAUCAAGUGGUAGACAAUCAAUUCCACUCAUCUAGUGGAAUAACGAAUAUUAAAUUCAAAAUGGAUUGUUUUAAUUAUUAUAUUUCUAUUUAGUAUUCAAACCUGAGGGUUUUUAUUUCUUCGAAUACAUAUUACUUUCAACUAUCAAUUAGACAAUAACAAUAAGUGUAUAUCGAUGUUAGGAUUAUAGAUAUAAAUAUAUACAUAUUAAACAAAUAAAUAUUAGAUAAAACGUAACAAAUUAACACGAAAACGUAUAGAGAAGAGAGAAAAUUAAUCUAUAAAAAUUUUAAGGGCAUAUACAUAAAAGCGAAUUUUAUCGCAGAUUAUAAUUUCUAGGUGAAAAAUAUUGUAGUUAUAUACAUACAUGUGUAUAUGAGUAUAGAUAUGUUAGAAUGAUUGAAUUAUGUAUCAUAAAGUUAUAUUAUAUGUAUGUAACGACGUAUAUCGGUUUCGUAAAAUAUACAUACAAUAAUGCAGAGUAUUAUAAUAGAUAUGAAUAUCGUGUAAAUACAAUGAUCGUAUGAUAUAGAGUAGGUGAAUUAACGGUAUCUGAAAAGAUCAAUAUCAAUGAUAUCAUACAUAUACAUACACGUCAUAUAUACAUAUGUAUACAUAGAUAUGCAAAUGUAUAUCGAUUGCGUGAAAUUUCAACCUACGUCUUUUACUGUUUUUAUUUCCUCUCGUUCCGAACUAUACAUUCAGUAAAAUAUGUACCAAGUAAAUUGCAACAGUGUUUGUCAAUUCAGAGACUUCAAAAUGGAGCAAGAAGCUGCGGCUUCGCACAAACAAUUCAAAGAAAGGCAAAGUUAUGAAUAUCCUGAAAUACAAAUCAAUACUGUUUAUCAUUUCCGAAGAUUGUUACUUCUUUUUCCUUUUAUUUCUGAAAACGUUAUUUCGCUACCUCGUAGAUGCCAUGCCUGACCUUUUUCGCGUAUAUACAGACUCUAUGGUAUAUCCGUAGGAAUGCGAAAUAUCAAUCGGUAUGUACAGAUGUAUAGUUAUGCGUAAGAUCAAUCCGAUUUUGGAUUAUAACGGCAUCUCGUUGACAAAUACUAACACAGGAAUAUGUUAUAUAUGAAUCAUAUACAUAUACAUUAUGUUAUACAACAAAGAAAUACUCUUUAACUAAUCCGCGUGGUUGAAAUUGUCAAAACUCGCAUGUUCAUAAAUCAUUAUUAUUAUUAUUAUUGUCAUUAUUAUUGUUAGAAACAAAAAAUUGAUCCCCGUUAUACGCUCAAUUGUCUUGUUUUUACGUUACACUGAAAUCUGUUGAUUAUUGCAUAGCUACAUUAUAAUAUACAUAUACGUAUGUACAUUAUACACGAUUAUAAUAUUUUUCAGUAUUUGACAGAGUGUGUAUACAUACUUUAUACCAUCACGGCUGUUUCAAUUCUUCUAAUUUCAUUUUCUUUUAAAAUUACGUAAAAGAUAUACCUUCAUGCCAAAAGAAACAUGCCAAAUGAGCUUGUGAUGGCAGAAAUAAUUAAAAUCAAGAUGGUGCAUGAUAACAGUUGAAAAUAAAUUUCCCGUUAUACAUACUCUCCAUAUACUGUUUAACGAGAAAUAAACAAACUGGUUUUU